UCCUUUCAUGCAUGAAUCUAAGACUAUUGCUAUCUAUAUAAGAGACUUGUGAUCAGAUCACUAACAUGCAAGUAAAUUAUAACAAUCGCUUUUAUUAUUUUUUUUAGUGAAUAUAUGAUAAGAAGUUCAUUAAAACUUCCAAUUAUUUACAAGAAGAAAUACAAAGAUAUGGCUAUGGAAAAGAGGUUCUUCUUCGGUCUUCUCAUUGCAGCUAUAGUAAGUGCAAUCAGAGCAGGUGAUGUUAGUUUUGAUAAGAAUUAUCACGUCACAUGGGGAAACUCUCAUGUGACUUCUCUAAACCAAGGAAGAGAAAUUCAUCUUUUAAUGGAUAAUACUUCAGGGGCUGGGUUCCAGUCCAAUGUCGGGUAUGCUUCAGGGUUUUUCCAAAUGAAAAUAAAGACACCCAACAAGGAUUCUACUGGAGCUGUUACAACUUUUUAUUUGACCUCAAAUCCACAAAACACAGGAAACCAUGACGAGCUAGAUUUUGAGUUUUUGGGUAGCAAGGGUCCUCCUUUUACAUUGCAAACAAAUGUUUUCGCUAAUGAUAGAGGAGGCCGAGAGCAAAGGAUUCAUCUUUGGUUUGAUCCCACUGCUGAUUUUCAUACUUACGGAAUUCUUUGGAAUCAGCAUCAAAUAGUGUUUUAUGUGGAUAAUACACCCAUAAGAGUUUUCAAGAACAAUACAAAUAUCGGAGUAAAUUAUCCUUCACAACAAUUAGUGAUUCAAGGAAGCCUAUGGAAUGGAGAAGGUUGGGCAUCGGGUGGAAGAAAAAUUGAUUGGAGUCAAGCUCCAUUUAUAGCCAGUUUUCAAGGGUUCAACGUGGAUGGUUGUCAAUUCCACGACACUGCGACCAAAGCGCAAUGCUAUAAUUCUAACUUGUGGUGGAAUGGAAACAAAUAUUUGGAACUAGACCCUGCUCAGCACAAAGCAUUACAGUAUGCAAGAACCAAGUACAUGUUUCAAGACUACUGCACUUCUCCAAGUGGGAGGUACCAUAAAGAAUGCGGAAGUAAUAAAUAAAUGAAGAGAUAAAUAUGUAAAAAUUUCUGCUUAGUUGGAUUGUUUUAUAUGCAAUAUAUAGAUAGCAAAUAAAUUAGAAUAUUUUAAUUAAAAAAUUAUAAACAUUGGUAUUCUUAUCCUUGUACAAAAAUGGAAAUUAUCAUGUUUAUGCCCUUUAAAAAAAAAACAAAAUAAUAAAUAAACCAAACAAAUGUCAAAUUUGUU